GUCGUCAUACUUCACACUUGUCGCCAACUUGUCACUCACAUGUCACCAACUUAUUGUCAUAUGUCAUAUUGUCAAAAGUAUUUGAUUUUUGGUUUGUAAGGAGUAUUUUUGGAAGGAUUUUUGGAAAAGAAUCAUGGCAUCAAAUCUCACAAAAGCUCCAUUACUUAAAGUAGUGUCAAUAUCGAAUAGGGGGUUCGCCCAGCUAGCUCCAAUUUGCGGUAAUCCAAACUAUGAAUUGAAAACCAAUGUCCUUCCAAGCAAGUUGGUUGUAACUUCUGCUGAAAAUGAAUCCAACAUAAGCAGAGUUUCAAUUGUUUUUAGGGCAGGGAGCCGUAAUGAAUCUUCUGAUAACUUAGGGGUCACCCAUGUACUACGUACUGCAGCAGGUUUGUCUACCAAGAAUGCAUCUCAAUUUGCCAUAAUUCGUAACAUCCAACAAGUUGGGGCUAGUCUAACUGCUACAUCUGAUAGAGAGACAAUUGCUUACACAUUAGAAGGAACCCAACAGGCUCUUGAGAAGGCACUACCUUUUUUAACAGAAGUAGCCACUCAGCAAGUUUUCAAACCAUGGGAGCUUUCUGAUAUUUCCAAUAGAUUGCUCCUGGAUAUUGCAACAAGACCACUGCAGUUGAGGGCAAUCGAUUUGCUACACAAUGCCGCUUUCCGUACCGGUCUAGGUAACUCGCUUUUCAUUCCAAAAUCGAAAAUCGGCAGGACAUCGAGCGAAACCUUGCAGCACUAUGUCGCCAGCAAUUUCCUGUCGGGACGGGCGGCCGUAGUGGGCUUGGGCGUCAACCAUAAUGAGCUGACGCAAUACGCUCAAUCGCUGCAGAUCGAAUCCGGCGAAGGAUCGGCGGUGGCUUCCCCUUACAAAGGUGGGGAACUCAGAUCGAACAAGGGCGGCGACAUGGCGUACGUCGCCGUAGCCGGCGAGGGCGCCUCUUCAAAGUGCCCCAAAGAAGCCCUAGCAUUCGCCGUCCUGCAAAGGGCCAUCGGCGUCGGGCCGCAGAUCAAGUGGGCCACCAGCGACAACGGCGCCUUCAGCCGGGCGGUGGGCGGCGCGUGCGCGGACUACGCCUCGACGGCCGUCAACGUCAGCUAUUCGGACGUCGGCCUGUUCGGCGUGCUGAUCGCGGCGCCCGCGGCCACGGCCGGCCGGCUGGUCGAGGCGGCCGCGCGGCUGCUGAGGAGCGGCAGCGUUUCUGACGAGGACGUCAACCGAGGUAAGAAACAGCUGGUAACAUCCUUGUUGAUGGACGCCGAGAGUGGAUCGAGUGCAAUUUUGAAUAUUGGAUCACAAGCAGCAACAACUGGAGCACCUCAGACCGCCAGUCAAAUAGCAGCUGCUGUCGAUUCAGUUUCUACUAGUGAUGUUCAAAGUGCUCUCAAGAAAGUUGGUCGAAAAAUCACACUUGCGUCGAUUGGAAAUCUUAGCAAAGUUCCUUACUUGGACGAAUUGAAAUAAAAAUAUAUUCAUGCAUAAAAAUAAGUAUUUAUUAAUGUGAUUCAGACCUUACAUAAUGUUGUUUGUAUGGUGAUUGUAUAUCAGUACGUAUAGAAUAUGUGCAGGUGUGCAAACUAAAUAAAUAUAAUAUUAUUACCUUA